AUGCUUUCACUUGGUAAAUAUCACACAUAUCAAAUAUCAUCUAAUAUAAGUUAUGUUUCUCGUAUUGAUGAUCAAACUUUUCUUGCUUAUUCUGCUUUUGAUGAUAUAUUAGUAUUUCUUGAACCAAAAUAUCAAUUAUAUAUAUACAGUGCUCAAACUGUACGUUUAAUUGGACAAGUACUUGCGCCAAAUAUUGUUUAUAUAUCAUCAUGUAUAUCAUUAAUAACUAGUGAUCAUCAUGAUCUAUGUUUUGUAUAUGAAACACGUUUAAAAUCAAAUCUUAUAUCAAUACGUGUUUGUGAAGUACGUUUUAAUAUAACAAGAUUAAAUUUUGAAGAUAAAAAAUGUAUUGAAAUAGUAUUACGUCGUGAUGUAGCACAUGUACGUAUUAAUGGUUUUACAAUAAAUCGUGAUCAUGCUGGAACAAAAAAAUCUUUAUUAUUUAUAUCAACAGCUCAUGGUCUUAUUUAUGCAAUAUUUGAUAUGCGUACUGGUGUAUUAAUUCGUAAAGCAAUAGUUUUAAAUGAAACAUUAACUGAAGGUAGUGCUGUUACGACAUCCAAAGGUGUUGUUUAUUAUGCUAAUAAAGAAGAAAAUACAAUUCAUGAAAUACAUAUAGCACGAGAUUAUCGUAUACGAUAUGGAAAAAUAAUUAAAAGUAAUGGUAUUAAAAAUCCAUUUGGUUUAAUUACAGAUGAAUGUAAUCAUUUACUUAUUGCAACAAAAUCAAUGAUAUUAAUUAUGUUUAUGCAAACAUAUACAACAAUACGAAGUAUAUUUUCAAAACCAUCAGAUUUACCAAUUACAAUGGAAAGAAUGAAUUCAACUACUUAUGUGUAUGCAACUAUUAAAGGAACUCCAGGAAAAAUUUCAUCAAAAUGGAUGUUUAAUUUUUUUGCUUUUUCUGAUCCAUAUAAACCACCUACUACUACUCAACGUUCAGUUGUACGUAUGAGCAAAGUAUUCGGUUUUACUGGUAGUAAAAUUAAUAACACUGAUAUACCGAUAUCACAUACAACAUCAUCUUAUAUAACAGCUACGACAGAAGUGUACACAUACUUUUCUUCUACACAGCAAAUGUUUGAACAAACACAUACAACUGAUAUAACUACUGAAUAUCUACAUAGUCUUUCAACUGAAGAUUCAAAUUCUACUUCAUCGAAUGAAUUUCAGGAUAACUUAACUAAUAAUAGCUUAUACAUUGAUCAUAGUGAUUUCUCAAGAGACGUCACAACUACAAUCAAUCCUUUGGAGUUAUCGACAUUAGAUGUCGAAAAUAGAACAAAUUCAUCACUCGAUAACAAUAUUUUUUCUCAAACCACUACAAUGCAACAAAUAUCAUCUGAGUCCAACGUAUAUACAACUUUAACUACAUUACUUUCAACAAUCGACGAAUAUCAAGAUGAUAUAAGCACUCAACAGACGGCAAAUACUGACAAUAUAUUUUUAAAUGAUACUUUAGAAACAACAUCUGAAAAUAUGUUAAAUAGUGAUAUGAUGAAUUCUUCACAAUUAGUAUCACAGAUUUAUGAUGAACAGACUAAUUUACUAUCAACAGAAAAGAAUAAGCUAGAUGUUUCUACUAUUUCUGAUGAGACUAUAUCAUUUCAAAAUACCACAUAUGAAUCCGUAGAUGUUAUAGAAAAUUCAACAUCAUCGAUCAUAGUUACUGAUUAUACGACUAAAGAGAUUGAAGAUGAAAAUACACAAAAAGAUUUUUCAUCAAUGUUAAUAGAUGUUACUGUCUCGUCUACCUUGCACUCAUCAUCAUUGUUCGUUAUGUCUAGUACAACCUUUAUUCCUUCACAUAGUUCUAAUGCACCAUCAUCACAGUAUACUUUACUUGCACAUUCGAGCACGGCACCAACAAAAUUGAAUAUGUUAUUAUUAUCAUCAACAUACUUUUCAGAACUAGAUACAACAGAAUCUAUUGCUACUACUAUCCAAUCAUCAUUAUCAUCAUAUGGUAGUACUUUGCAAACAAGUACAGAAUAUAUGACGUCAGAUACCACUGAAGAAAAUUCAGUUACUACUUUAUCUGACGAAACAUCUUCUCCUAUCAUAUCAACUACAACUAUUGAUCAGUUGACAUCACAAACUUCAGAGAACUAUUUUGAAUCAUCGACUACUGAAUAUGAAACACUCUUGACUACUCUCAUUACUAGUACUACUCUUGAUUCAACUACUAUAGCUGUUACAGAUGAACCAUCAACAUAUUCGUUAAGUACCACUGAUAUCGAACCGACUUUAUCAACAAUCGAGUCUCUCUCAUCUGAAAUAACACUUACAUCACUGAUAACGGAUACUUACACAGAUGAAUAUACUUCGACACAAUUUUCAUUAGAAGAAUCAUCAACUACCGACGAUGUUUUCGAGGAAGAGACUUCUACACAAUCUUCGUUAGAAGAAUUAUCAACUACCGAUGAAGUUUUAGACGAAGAGACUUCUACUCAAAUCUUAUUGGAAACAUCAUCAAUCUUUUCUACCGAAUCUUCAUUAGAAGAUACAACAACUGAACAAACUAUUCUUCUUACCACAAGUAUUCCUUUACGAUCUAAUCGUCCAACUAGAAGAAGAACUAGAACAUCAACUACAACUACCUCUACUACAACAACAACAACCACAACUACAACAACAACAACAACUUCUUCAGUUUCUAUCUGGCAUUCUACAUUGAAUUUAUUUAAAGAACAACCGAUACCUAUAAUUAAACCACGACCAAAAUCAAAUGAACUACUUAAUAAAUUACUCGAUAGUACAAAUAAUUCUACCGAAAAACUUCUUUCUCUUAAUUUAUCAGAUCUUCCACCUUCAUCAUGGAAUCUAUCAUUACAUACAAAUGAUAGUAUUCUUCUUGAUAUAAUACUACCUUCAUGUACUGAUUUAUUAGAUUGUAAUGCAACAACUAAUUUAUCAAUAACUAAUAUUGAAGCAGAUCGUUUUGUAACGACUAUUACUGGUUCUCCAAUUAAUUUACAAGUUGAUCAAGUUAAUACAAAAGAAUUUUCCUUAGCAAUGAAUAUAACAAAUGAUCAAUCAAAUCAAUCAUCACCAUCUGAAGUUAUUAUUGGUCAUAUAAGAAGUGAAAAAUUUCAUUUAGAUAUAACUAAGUCAGAUAAUAUGAAUAUUCAAGUUCAACAAGUUGAUUCCGAAACAGCUGAGCUUUUUUUUGAUAGUACAUUUUGUACAAGUGAAACUAAUUUACAACUUAAUUUAAAUCUUUCAAAAAAUGGAACUAUUCGUUAUGGUAAUCGAACACCUGUUACUAUUGGACCAGUUUUUACUCGAGUACAUAUGUUAAAACAAUCUUGUGAUCUUGAUCAACCAUUUGCAUUUUUUUUCGAUAUAUGCCAAGGACAAAAUCCAUGUUUAAAUGGUGGUACUUGUCAAUCACAAACACCUGAUUAUGAUAGUCCAUCUUAUAAUCAUCAAGAUACAUCAGAAAUUAAUUAUAAAUGUAUUUGUCCAAUGUAUAUGUCGGGCGAACAAUGUGAAGAAUCACAAUAUCCAUUUGGUUAUUGUAUUAAUAAUGGAACAUUAAUUUAUACAUUAGAUAUUUAUAAUAGAUCAAUGGAAUCAUGUAUAUGUUCCGAAGGUUUUCAAGGUAUUCAUUGUGAAGAAAAUAUUGAUGAUUGUGUUGGUGUUCGUUGUUCAAAUCAUGGAGUAUGUCAAGAUGAAACGAAUAAUUAUACAUGUUCAUGUUUUGAUGGAUAUUAUGGUGGUCAAUGUCAAUAUAAAAAUGUUGAAACUGUUCUAUUACAAGUAGCAAGUAAAUCAUUUGCUACUGUUGCUAUUCUAUUAAUUGCUGCUAUUGCUAGUCUCGUUGUUGCCAGUGAUAUUCAUACUUAUUUAACAAGAGAAAAACGAACAAAAUAUUCGAAAGUAUAUAGACUUCCACGUAUAUCAUCGGAAUUAUAUGAAAAUUCCUUACUUUUACUUGCUUUUGGUGAUGCUCCUAUUGAAAUGAAUGAUUUAUCAACUAUGCGUAGAAAAAGAAAAAUUAUAACAGCAAAACAACAUAAAAUGAAUCAUAAAAAGAAAACUCGAUAUCAACCACUUGCAAAAAGAAGAUAUACAAAUACAUUAAAAAAAUCAGUUUCAAAACAUCCAAUAUUAUCAAAUCCAUAUUAUGAAACUAUUCUAUAA